AUGGGAAAGUCACGUGUCGCACCAAUGAAAACACUUUCUAUUCCCAGACUCGAACUGUCUGCAGCUGUAGUCUCUAUCAAGUUGAACAGUGUUAUCAGUCAAGAACUAGAAUAUCACGUAGACAGUACAACAUACUGGACGGAUUCCACCUCGGUUCUGCAGUACCUGAGAAAUCAAUCAARACGUUUCCAAACGUUCGUUGCAAACARAGUUGCUAAGAUCCAAGAAAGUUCUGACCCGUCUCAGUGGCGAUACGUUAACACUAACCUCAACCCUGCUGAUAUUGCCUCCCGCGGUAUCGCUGAUUGUGACAUUACUACCCUGCAGAACUGGCUAAGAGGUCCAGACUUCCUUUGGUCAGAUGAGAGCACGUGGCCAGCAUCACCAUCUGUUAUCACCGAACUGUCUCCAGAAGACCCAGAAGUAAGGAAAGACGUUCGCGUCAAUGUAACAACUCAGCAUGAAGACAAAGUCACAUCGCUACUAAAGCAGUACUCGUCAUGGUAUCGACUACAGAAGGCAGUAGAGUGGAUUCUCCGUUUCAAAGCAUACAUGUGUCACAAGUACCUGUCAAGGAAAUUCACUACAAAGCCUACAUCAGGUCCAUUAACAGUCCAAGAGAUAAAGCAAGCAACUACAGAAAUAGUCAUCCAUGUCCAAAAGAAGACAUUUGCUGAUGAAUAUGCAGUCCUUAAGACAGAAACCAGUCAAAGAGCUGAAAGGUCGACCAUGAAGCACCGGAACAAGUCAUUAAGCACUACUAGUCCACUACGCAAGCUUAAUCCGAUGAUACAAGAGAAAGUACUCAGAGUCGGAGGACGAUUGGAAAGAGCACAACUACCGUUCGAUAACAAGCAUCCUAUAAUAUUACCAAGCAAUCAUCACAUAACCACACUUCUGAUACGCAGUUAUCACGACAUUGCUGGACACUGUGGUCCUACUCAAGUACUCUCAGAGCUAAGAUAG